AUGCCAAACUUGAAGUCAUCCACCGACCAAGGCAUCAAAUACAUGCACGAAGCCAACGAGAACGGGGCAAACUGGAUUCUCUUUCCAGAGCUAUGGUUCCCAAGAUUUCCCAAGGGAUCAGGAAACAACAACUGA